GCCGGGGUGCCACGCCCCCCCGGCAUCGCACCGCGCCCCACUAUUUGAGAAGGACUGUCUUUGGGUAUUAGUAAAGUCUUGUACUCUUCUUCUCACCAACAACUAACUGCAGCCAGUCGGUUGCUAAGCGACAGAAUAACGAGGAAAACAUGGCGGAGGGCAAGCAGAGUGCAGAGAUCAUGGCGUCAGAUGUCCACAAGAAGAUCAGAGCAGCGUUUGAAGCUUUUGACUACGAGUCUAACAACACGGUGGAUGUCCGGGAGAUUGGCACCAUCAUCUAUUCCCUGGGUUGUUUCCCUUCUCAGCAAGACCUACAUGACUUAAUAGCAAAGGUGGAAGAGGACCACACAGGAUAUGUCCAUUUGGACAGCUUCCUCCCAGCCAUGACCAAAGUGCUGUUGGAGCACAAGUUUCCUCCCAUUCCUGAGGACGUUCUGCUUCAGGCCUUUGAGGUUCUGGACAAAGAAAAGAAAGGAUACCUGGAGCCUGAGGAGCUGACAAAGUAUAUGACACAGGAAGGUGAACCCUUCACUCAGGAGGAGAUGGAUGAGAUGCUGACAGCACUCGCCGACAAUGAGAACCAUGUCUGUUACAAAGACUUAAUCAGCCAACUGACCGUUGACCCUGACAUGUAGAGAGUGACACUGUGUGUGUGUCAGUGUAACUGAUGAUACACACUAUACAUAUUACAAACACACACAGAUGAUACAUAUUACAAACA